AUGUUCCAUCACCGGCAUAUUUACGGAGUCGCGUCGCUUGCACGCAGUUUUAGCCGCAUCGCACUGAACGAACCAUCGUCAAAUGUGGUUUUGCCGGCUGUUGCCCUGAAAAGUACGAACAGUGCAAAACCUCGGCCUAUCGCAAAUGGAAAACAAGUGGACGAACUGCUUCCGAUUCGUCCAAUUCAAUUGCGUUCUUCGGUAGGAAGGUUCGAGAUUGGCAAUAGCAUACGAAGGAAUCCUCUGAUCCCGUUGAAAGAAAUUAUCGACAUUCCGAUUGUGUCACGCAUUAUCGAAACUCCCGUGCAGCGUCCCGGUUUGCAAGAACCGAUCGGUGAUAACCUCGCGGUAAUACCGUCACUAGAACUACCCACCGAUACGACCGCGAAGGACGAACAUGGCAAACAAGCAGCUCGGUUAAUCGUCAUCCGUAGGCGUAAAAUGCGCAAGCAUAAGCUGAAAAAGCUUCGCAAGCGGAUGAAGUUCGAAUGGUUAAAGCUGCGACAAAGACGAGAAUUGAAAAAGGAGAAACUGUUCCAAGCAGAACUGAUAGGUCAAAUAAAAGAGGCGGAAAAAUUUUCCGCCGAAGCGUAUGUGGCCAGUAAGCUAAAACAGGCCAACGAUGUGCCGUUACCACGCUUUUGGAAGGGUAAACGGUUGCCACAGUUCAUCAUAAAGCAAAAGUUAGGCUUGGAAUAG